AUGCAGCAGGGGCAGCUGAUGCAGGAGUCUUUCCAGUUCGCGCUGGCUCAGCAGGAGCAGCAGUGGGACCAGCAGCAGUGGGAGCAGGCGCUGGAGCGGUCGUCCCGGCAGCAGCAGCAGAAGGAAGAACAGGGGGAGAGGUCACGCACCUGCCCUUGGCCUCUCCGAAUAAGCCUUCGAUAUCGUGCAUCAAGUACAGUGCCCGCUGUUUACAAGCGCCAGCCACACAAGCUGGUCGACGUCCCGGUAAGAGGCUACAACCUGGAGGAGAUGGCUGUGGUCUGA